AUAGACAAGUCUGGCAAAGUUAUUGCAAAGUGGGACACAAGAGCAACUAAAAUUUACACAGAAAUUUGUGUAGAAGAGGUUAAUGCACGCAACAGGCCACAACACUUUCUAAAUGCAGAAGGGUAUGCUAACCUCAUUAGGAAGUUUAAGGAACGCACUGGACACACAUACACGAGGGAUCAAAUGAAGAAUAGGUGGGACUCUUUAAAGAGAAUGUACACACAAUGGAAAACACUGAAUGAAAGGGCUACAGGUCUUGGUCGAGACCCUCAUACUGGUUCAAUCAGUGCACCAGAUGAGUGGUGGGCUAAGCAAAAUGAAGCAAUGCCAGGGUGUAUCCAAUUUAAAAUAGCCCUGCUUGAGAAUGAGGACGAUCUUAAGAUUAUGUUUGGCCCCAUUGUGUGCACCAAUGAGACAACCCUUGUUCCUGGAGUUGAGGAUGCUAAUUCAUCUUCUGAUGGUCACGAAGAAGAAAUUGUAGGUGGCGGUGAAAACAGUACACCUGACCCCGGCUCAAUUGAGAAAGGUAAGCGCAAGGUGUUCCAUGAUUCUCCUACACCUAAGAAGAAAAGGGAUGUCAAGGACGAAUACAUGAAACGCCUUGUCGAAGCUUAUGAGUCUAGGUCCUUGUGCUCUAACAUGUCCAUAACUUCUUAUGAGAACGACCCCGUUCGUAAAGAGGUUGCUGCUCAAUUGCAACAAGUGAUUGAAGAUGGUGCACCGGAAGGAAGCGACUUACAUUUCUUUGCGACUCAUUUGUUAAUGGAAAAACGUUACAGAGAUGUGUUUGCAACCCUAAAGACCAAAGAAGGAAGGAUCGCUUGGCUGCGUCGUGCAUACGAGAAGAAUGACAAAUCCAGUUAGGUGUUGAGAGCACCUAGAGGGGGGUGAAUAGGUGAUCCUGUAAAACUUGAAACUUAAUGC